GUAUGUAAAAAAAUACCGCUGUGACGUCCGAAAACGGCAACGUGUUGACACUUCGAGAUUGUUGGUUGACUUUUCCUUUACUUUUUACAUACGUGUCACCGAAACUUGUGCGCGUUCGGCUUAAGGCCACUAAUUUUAGGAAUUAACUGACAAAUAUACACUAAUCAAGUAAAUAUGGCGCCAAAGCAGAGGAUGCGUAUUGCCAAUGAGAUCGCCAGCAAAAACAUCACUCAGCGGGGGAACGUGCCUAAGACCACCAAGGAAAAAGACGACCAGUACCCAGUAGCGCCGUGGUUGUUAGCUCUCUUCAUCUUCGUGGUGUGCGGGUCCGCCGUCUUCCAGAUCAUCCAGUCCAUCCGACUGGCCUAGACCUCGUGAUCCCGACUGAUAACAUAGUGAACAGUGCAAUUCCCUGGCUCGACUGGUUUCCUAGUACUUAAGAGUAGACAACGGUACAUUACCCUAAUUCCAGGGUAAAUUACCCAAAAAUAUGGUAUACUCCCAUGGUUUUUGACUCUUAUACUGGACUGUCCCAAUUUCGCUGACGUAAUAAGAUGGCCGCCGAACCAACCAAUCGUGACGAGGUGACGUGAUAACGGCAACGCCUGAUUGGUCGGUUGAACAUCUUAUCGAAACGCUGAUUCCAAUUGCAAUUUCAGUUACGUAAAAGAUGUUUUUACACCUUUCUAAAGUGGAUUUGUUCGAAUGGAAACUUCUCGAGCCAAUUUCCGUGUAUAAUUGAAUACCAAGGAGUGUUUACAUUGAACAGUGACAAUGACUGUGUGUGUAAACACUCCACCUGCGCUAUAUGUAGCUACCCACGUGCGUUAUUAACGUUUAUUUUUAACUAUUUAAGCGCAGAUUCCCAACUAUAAUCUCAAAUGUACGUACUAUAUUCUUGUAUAUUGUAAAAUAAAAUUGAAAUUUAAUAUUAAGGUGAGAAAUCGAAGCAUUUAGAUUUUAAUUGUUGAAAUUAUUUUCCAUUCCUAUGAGUUUUAUUUUAGUCUUGUAACAGACGCACAAUCGUGCUCUCUUCGGAGACUACGUCUUAUAUUUUAUUGAUUUUAUGCCCAAUUGUUUACAAUCGAAUUGAAUGAAAUUCCGUAAUCCGCGCCACUGUAACGAAAUUAUUUGUCGGUUCUAUUUUUAAUUGUAAAUGUAAUUUAUUUGUUUAAAUACAGUAUAUUUGUCAUAAUACAUGAUGGUUUC